CAUUAAAAAAGGAACAAGGAAGUUUAACCUAUAUCAAAAUUCCUCGAAAACGAAACAUAUCAUUUUUUUGUUGAUAGGGGACUGAAAAAUGUUUAAAAAGAUGUCGAAUAAUGUAAUUUGGGAAAGAAAGUUUCUCUAAUAGAUAUCGCAGUAAAAUGGCUGCGGGAAGAUUCUCCACAUCAAUCAAGAACGGUUCGGAUGCGGACUUUGAGUACACAUGUACCCAGUGUGAUGAAUACCAUAUAAGGGAAGAAGCUGUCAAGUACUGUCCAGAAUGUGAGGAGUAUCUGUGUACAAAAUGUACCAACCAGCAUGGCCGGAGAAAAGCUUUUAUUUCACAUAAGCUAAUAGACACAGAUGCCACAAAACAAGGGAAUAUGGUUAGCAUAGCUACAAAAUGUCGUUACCAUCCAAACAGAGACAUUGAGAUGUACUGUGGAACCCAUGAUAUGGUCUAUUGUUUGAAGUGCAUAGCAAAGGAACAUAGGUCAUGCAAUGACGUUAGUGAAAUAGAAGACGAACACAAAUUUCUCGUUCAUCAAAGCGAGGUACAACGUUUACAGGAUCAGACGAGAAACAUUCAAGAGCGUCUUAUUGCCAUUGAUAGGAAAACACAGAAAAACAUCGUUAGCCUUGAAAAGCAAAGGGACAAUGUACUUGCCAAAAUCGAGGAAAUUGAGAGGAACUUGAUAGAACACAUCCGGAAAUUAAAACAUGAAGCAAUCAGUACUCUUGACAAGGACUAUACUUCGGAGAAAGAAGACCUGAAGUAUAAUAUCAACAAGACGGCAAAUACGAAAAAGGAAAUAGAGAAUGCAAAUAGUCAGUUGCAGAUAUUUUCCAGUAUGGAAGCAGGACAACAGUUUGUUCAGAUGAAACUGAUACAACAGACUGUAAAUGAUGCAGUAAAAUUAGUUGAAGAACGCGAGGCGACAGGUAGUAAAGCUUUAUGUUUUACAGAAAAUACAGAUUUGAAGACCUCCAUUAUGACAGCAACAUCUUUAGGACGUGUGAAUACAGUUACAGAAAAUGAACGUCAAACUGCCCAAAGAAUAUAUAAGGUGAAAUCAAAGAAGGAGAUAAAUAUCAAAAUGCAAAACGACCGUAGAGCGUGUUAUAUAAUUGAUGUAUGUCAGCUACAGGACGGUACGAUCAUACUGGCUGACAGCGAUAAUAGGAAGAUUAAGAGGCUUGAUAUGAAGUACAACAUCAAGGAUCACUGUGACCUAGGUGACUAUUCCUGUGGUAUCUGUUGUACUGGUCAGAAUGAAGUUGCUGUGAAAAUGGGCCGCAGCAAGGUUCAGUUUAUAUCAGUCGGCAGUUCAUUUUCUAAGCUAAGAGAAAUAUCUGUAGAAGGUGGACUCUUUUUUGGAAUGGCUUCCUAUGCAGGAGAGCUUUGGAUAUCUUCCGGAGGUGGUAUCAAUGUCUACGGAACAUCCGGUACACUGCUGAAAACUAUCAUCCGAGAUAUCAAUGACCGGGAGAUUUUUAAAUCGUAUACACAGCAUUUGGCAAUCAGUGGAGAAACUGUUAUCGUAACAGACGAUAGUGAUGGCGCCGUCUGUCUGGGAAAAGAUGGUACUGUACAAAGAGAACUGCGGGACAAAAUGCUUGUCAACUCAAAUGGUGUAUGUGUAUCUAGUGAUGGAACCGUAUUCCUGUCUGGAUACGGUUCAAACAAUAUUGUGAUGUUUGAUAAGAAUGGGAAAUGCCUCGGAGAGUUGGUAGCCCAAGACACAGGUCUUUGGAGUCCACUUGCGUUGCAAUAUGGCGACAAAAGGAAUUGUUUAAUCGUAACAUGUUAUAAUUCUGACAAAGUAAUUAUUUUUGAUAUAUCUGAUUAAAAUUACAUUUCCAUUUGUACUUUUUAUAAACGCAGCCUAGAGGUAAUCAUGGCAGUAACUGAAUUUGUAAUGUGCAUAAAAGUGUAUCAUCUUCAUAAAUUACUUAAAUCUUUAUAAAAAAAGCCAGACUAAUAUAUUUAAGGGUGAUGUAACCAAUCAUUAGAGAGUUUGAGAUUUCAACCUUCGCCUUCCCCUUCAACGUCUCUUGCGAAGUUAACGUAUAAAGUUGAAGUUCGAUUAAAAUUCCUUGAGAUUUCAAACCUUAGAAUGAACCUUACAUUAUUUAAUCCGCCCAUUCAAUUUCUCCAUAAUUAUGAUAGUUUUUUUUUCGUGCAUUUAAUAUCAAUUGUUCAAAAGGGCGGGGCUAUUACAAGAGGUUUUAAAAAUGAAAAUUAAAUAAAAACAUUUCAAUUAAUAUAAUUAUUGCAUGGAUACUAGUGCGAUUACGAAAAAAAAAGUGAAACAAUGUGAACAAUGUAAAAACUCAUUGGUGUUACUCCAAACAUUUAGAUUUUAUAUAAAAUGAUGUCAGUAUACAAUGUACGAUUGUAAAUCAUACAUGAGAGGAAAUAAAAAUGAUAAUCAUUUCAACGUAUUUUAUUGUUGACGGUGUUCUUUAAAGAUGAUGCAAUUAAUAUUUUUCAAACAAAUACAUGAAACACCAACUAUUACAAAUGCAUUUGUCCAAAUACUGUGAAAUUAAGUUAAAUAUAUGCGAUAAAGCAAACACAAAAGGCAUGACCAUAAAAUAUAAAUGACAGAUUCAUCCGUCAUGCUGUUGACUAGUAUUUCAUAGUGUUUUUUUUUUUCACUUUGAAUUGGUACUUGGUACAUCGAAUUCCUUAAAAGACGCGUUUUACUUGUAAAAAACUCAUAAACAAUGUACCUGAUGAAAAUCUAACCUAUGUUGAUAACAUGAGCCAAUAUACACAAGUUAUGAAAACAUUUAACAAGCGAAUUGAAACAUAUGUAAGAUACCCUCGUGAUAUCAUGCGUUUUGGCAUCGUGACACUCUACAUGACUCUGUAUAGUGCCAAACUCUCAGAUAGCACAUUAUGAUCGAGCAAAGUGAUCACAUGUCUAGCGAAACAGUCAAGAAAUGUUAGAUGGAUUCGGAAAUUGUCGCACGAAAUAAGAUAUAUGUGGGCAUAUACAUAUAUUUGUUUGAAUAUACUAUUUUUAUAAGUA